UGGCCUGCUGCAGAAACGUUUUAAUAUCGUUAACUUUUGGAAGAUUUCACGAUGCUUUGGCGGUGCGUUAUCUGCUGCGUUUUUAUAACUUUUUCACUGAAAUUAUUAUUGAGCCAUAUUAAUCGACUGCACAGUCGCAGCUCUGACUUCAGGUUGCUCUGUGGCAUUGAUGGAUGCACUGAGGAAUAUAGAGUGUACAACUCAUUCUACCAUCAUGUAAAGAGAAGACACUUUCAACAUCUUCUUGAAGACACCAGACCUGGCGACGCCACACGUGGAGAUGAAAACCGACAGGAGGAAACCCAAGGACCGCAGCAAAAAGACAACAUUCAACCCGAUCAGCUUCCAGCCGACUCCAGCAGCGAGGAUCAGAACCUUCACACACCUGACUCAGUUGAAGAGCAAAUGGGCAUCGACCAAGAUGGAGCUGUCACAGUGCACCAAGAUCUGACAACACAUGCCACUGCCUUUGUUAUCAAUGCCCGAUCCAAGCAUCGUCUGUCACAGAAAGGCAUGAAUGACAUUGUUGCUGGGGUACAGCAGUAUCAAUCAUCACUAUUGGACAACCUCAGGACGCAGAUGAAGGAAGUUCUAAAGAAGAAUUCAGGAAGUACAACCAAUCAACUUGGAAAAGAUGCAAUGGAUAUAUUUGACAGUUUCAUUGACCCCUUUGCUAACGUUUCAACAACAUUUCGCCAGAACAGUGUUAUUAGGAAGCAGUUUUGUUGUGUGGAUGCAGAGGAAAUUCCAAUUGCUCGAACCAUAUGCAGGAAGAAACGUGGAGGAUCAACAGAUUUUGUCAUCAAAGACAAAUUAUUUUAUUAUGUACCAUUAGUCAAAAGUGUAGAGCAGUUCCUAUUACAUCCGAGGAUUUUGACUAUGAUUGAAGAGGUACCCCAGAGGUGCAGUGAAGGUUUUUUUCAUGACCUUGUUGAUGGUUCUCUUUUAAAAUCUCAUCCCUUAUUUUCAGAGAAACCAAAUGCACUGCAGAUUAUUCUGUAUACAGACGAAAUAGAGAUCUGUAAUCCACUAGGAUCCUUUUCAUCAAAGAACAAGUUGUUAAUGGUGUACUACACCCUAGGAAAUAUAAAUCCAAAAUACAGGUCUAAGCUGGCUGCUAUUAGGCUACUUGCGAUGGCUAAAUCAGCAGACCUCCGUCAAUCUGGUGUAGAUGUAAUAUUGAAUAGAAUAAAGGAAGACAUGGAUGCAUUGUACAGUGGUGUUAAAAUUCAAACUAUUAACGGGGAGAAAACAAUACAUGGUGCUAUGGUUUCUCUCUGUGGUGACACCCUGGCACAGCAUGAACUCGCAGGGUUCAAAGAAGGAGUGGGCUUUGCUUACAGUAAGUGCAGACACUGUGAGUGUUCUUUUGAGGACAUGCAGUCACAAUUCAACGAGGAUGCAUAUAUUAAAAGAACAUUGGAGAAUCAUGUCAGACAGUGUGAUGAAAUAGAAAAGGCUAACACAGACUUGCUUCGCAACAGCCUUAGAACAACAUAUGGGAUCAAUCGAAGGAGCAAGUUAGUUGACUUCCCAUCCUUUGAUAUUAUUCGGCAAACCCCGCAAGACAUUAUGCAUGUCAUUCUUGAGGGUAUAGCUCCUCUGGAAAUUAAAUGUGUUUUGAAUCAUCUUGUUCAGUCAGGAGAGUUAAAUCUGGACUCUGUGAAUUCAGCUAUUCUUGGUUUCCCUUAUUCGCCUCUAGAUGUUAGAGAUCGACCAUCCCCAAUUUCUCCGAGUACACUGAUGUCAACUGAUGGUAAACUAAGGCAGUCAUCAGGGCAAAUGCUUGUCCUGUUGAGGAUAUUGCCAUUUGUUUUGGAACAUUUGAAAGUCAAUGCAUAUGUGCAGUUGAUAAUGGACUUAAUAGAGAUUGUUCAAAUAGUGUUUGCACCUGUUCUUACCAUUGCAACUGUGUCAAGGUUAAAGUUACUGAUUGAAAGUCAUUUGAAGCAUUGGAAGGAGCUUUUUCCAGACCACAAUGUUACACCUAAGCAGCAUUACAUGAUACAUUUGCCAUCACAGAUAGAAUCAUUGGGUCCCAUGGUCAGACAUAUGUGUAUGCGGUUCGAGUCUAAGCAUUGUUUAUUUAAGCAAUGGGCCUCCAAGCUCAAUUUUAAAAAUGUAUGCAAGUCUUUGAUUAAUCAGAACCAAAUAUAUGAAAGCUGCCAAAAUGUUGACCCUUCCAAGCACCCAAUUUUUUCAAAUGAAAAGGAGAUGGGUCCUGUAUCUGAGGUUAGAGAUCUACAAUAUUUACAUGGGAAAUUGAGGGACUUCCUAGGUUUUAGUGAAAUUAACCAUGCUGUAUCAGUGAAAUGGCUUGUGAUAAAUGGUAAUAAAUACAUUACUGAGAAGUCCUUGAUCCUUGCCAAUGUACUAAAUGGUAAUACACCCGAAUUUGGACUUGUCAAAAGCAUAUUUCUUGUUGAUUCUAAGCUUUAUUGUUUGGAAUAUCAGCCUUUUCAGUCCAUAUGCUUUGAUAGAAAUGUUAUGGCUUAUCAAGUUGAGGUCCCACACCUUGCACAGGCCACUGAGUUAGUGGAUGCUGAAAAGCUGGUUGAUUUUACCUCUUAUUACACAAUCAGCAGAAAGGGCCAAACCUAUGUACAAGUGAAAUACUAUCUUGGGGAUGUAAUGGAAUUACACAACAGUUCAAAUGACUCAUAGCGUGUUCCUUUGAUAUGAUGAUGUUGAAACAUUUAAAGCAAACUUAGCAGGUUUAA